UCUCAUGAUGUGUUGGCCUGAGCGCAUGAACCAUUGGCUCCCACGACUCCAUCAUGCCUCUGAAUAUGUCUCUGAGCCCAACGACUGGGACACUCUCUUAAAAGAACUCACCAACCUGACAAGCCUUCCUUAUUGGCCCCCAACUAGUGGAGACAGGGAUCACUUUUUGGCUUCUACCAGCCCCAAAACCUCCACUUACAGAUUGAAAGGUCCUGUGCAGGCCAGCUAUACUCUGGGAAGUAAUCUAGAGGCCAUCCUUGUGGCUAGGGAUCACCAAGGUAGGCCCAAGACUCAUGGUGGAGAUCUGUUUCGGGCAAAGCUCCUGGGCCGGGAAUUGAAAGCAGGAGUCCCAGGGGAGGUGAAGGAUCUGGAGAAUGGCAGGUACCUCUUGUCCUUCCCUCUGCUCUGGGCUGGAUGGGCUCAGGUGCAAGUGAGGCUGAUCCACUCCAGCGAGGCAGUUGGGGUCCUGCAGAGAAUCUGGAGAGAAAAACGGGCCACUGUUGACUUUAGAGGAUAUUUCCGAGGAAGGAACGGCACUCAAGAGACUGUUAUCUGCAAUGUGGACCCCCAGUCAACUGGAGCCAAAGGGCCCACCUGCCAGUACAGGGAUGUGGUUUCUGGGGAGGACUGGUUCUGUGCUCAACCCUCUACUUUACCCUGCAAUGCUUUAGUCGGCCACUCGAGUGGAAGAUACCUGAACGUGACCACACCACAUGAUGAAGACCUGCUGGCCGGGAAUGUGACUGACCAGCCACUCCCUUCAGGCAUAUCUCCAAUCCUGGUGACACCAGCAGCUCCUGGGAUGAUUAGGAAUGUGGGCCAGAAGCUGACAGAACUGGUUUAUUCACUGAUGAGACUUGAACCCAGAACAUCAAACAUACUAGCCCUGCCCUCAAGGCCCCCAUGCCGCCCUGGCCACCUGUCUCCAAAACCCUCUGGCUUCUACCACCGAGACAGAUGGCAUUCCACGUUCUGUUCUAGCCACUCUUUCCCCACUGUGGACAGCAUCCUGAACUGCCUGGCUGGCCGCAUCGUCUACAUGAUGGGGGAUUCCACACUUCGGCAGUGGUGGGAGUAUCUGCGAGACACAGUGCCCUCCCUGAAGCCAGUUGAUCUACAUGUCACAUAUCAGGCAGGUCCUCUGAUGGCUGUGGAAACUACUCGGGGGACAGUGAUACACUGGAGGGCCCACGGCUGGCCCCUGCGCUCUCUCCGCACCCCAGUGGCCUCCCUACACUCUGUGGCCAGAGAACUGCAUGGCCUGGCUGGAGGACCCUACACGGUGGUGGUGCUGGGUGUGGGAGCCCACUUUACCACUUUCCCUCCAUCCAUCUUUGCUCAAAGACUGACAGGGAUUCGGGCAGCUGUGAAAGCCCUGCUGGACCGGGAACCCAGUACUCUGGUGGUUAUCAAACUGGCCAAUACUGGCUACAAAUCCGUGUAUGACAGUGACUGGCUCACACUCCAGGUGAACAGGUUUCUUCGAGCUGCCUUUGUGGGUCUCCAAGUGGCCUUUGUGGAUGCCUGGGAAAUGACCUCCAGCUUGGAUCUGCCAGACGACAUCCAUCCCAAGAAACUCAUUGUCCGCAAUGAAGUGGAAUUAUUUCUGUCCUUUGUCUGUCCCACCUGAAUAAUCAUGAGGGACCUGAGGCUGUGUGGAUGGAGAGACUGAGUGUGGCCAUCUAAAGGAUGAACAGCAAAUGAUGGAAAAAUGAAGCUCCCCCUGGCUUACCCACUAUAGCACUUGGGUCACCAUUUUAUACAUCUCUCUGUGCACCACAUGGAUAAAUCUAUUUUUAUAAAAAUGAGAUCAUAUUUUACAUAGUGUCUUCUUUUUGAAGGCAAGAGGUUGUAUGUGGUGGACCUGGAGUUAGGCUGGUGGCUAGAGAGGGUACUGAUCCUUUUGUCUCUGUGAACCUGUGUUACUGUGCCUGUCUAAAACACCAGAUGGUGUAAUAAAGAACUGGUCAAUAGCAAGGCAGGAGAAAGGAUAGAUGGGGCUGGCAGACAGAGUUUAAACAGAAGGAGAAAUUUGGGAAUAGGGAUUGGAGAUCAAAGCUCGAGGAACCAGAGACGGAGAAGGACUCCCAAAAAUCUGAGAGAAAACAAACAGCUUGCUUCCCAGGAGAUAGUUAAAAUGAAAAAAGCUUAUGAGAUUGAGUUUUGUUUAAGAUUCCAGAGAAACACUGAUAUGAUUAAAAAUGCUC